AUGACUAGGUCUCGGAGAGCCGUCAACAACCGCAUCCGCGGGCCCCAGUCUGCCUUGACUGAGUUCCUGGCGUCUCAGGGUAUCUCAGCUGCCGACAUUCACACCGAUCAUCAGCGUCGGGUCCGAGAGGCCGAGGAACAAGCUGCCGCCGAAGCUGAAGGCGAAGACAAGGAGAAUGAGUCUGCCGAUGAUGGCGAAGAUCCUGUUGAGCGUAAGAAGCGCAAGAGGAAAGAGGAGAAGGCACUCAACAAGAUUAAGCAAACCAAGGAGUUCAAGAAACGCAAGUUUGAGGAGCAGAAGGACUUCGGCAGCGACGCCGAGGAUGAUGAUGCCAUCGCUCGACAAAUGAUGGCGAAGAACAAACCUCUCCCUGGUCAGCUCGAGAACUGCGAACUAUGUGAGAAGAGAUUCACCGUCACUCCUUACAGCAAGACUGGUCCAGACGGAGGACUGCUCUGUGCCAAAUGCUCGAAAGAGAUGAAAGAUGAUGAGAAGAAGAGCCAGAAAGCUGCCAAGAAGAAAGUACCGGCCCAGCGAGGUCGCAAGAGACAAACCGAAAGUGAUCGCAUGAUGGGAGACGUGAAACCUGGCGCGAAGAGCCUGGUCGAUGCGUGUGUUCGCAAGGUUGCAGACGUUGUCAACGAUGUUGAGGAUUUUGGUGAUAUGCCUGAAUCACUGCUCGACCGCAUGAGCCAGAUUUUGUCCAAGAAGCGUGUGCUCACUCCAAGGACGCUCAAUCUCUUCCUACGAGAUGACGUUGAUCAUAUCGAUGUGUAUGACUGCGGCAAGCUCGAAACUGAGGAUUUUGCCCGUAUCUUUGCUCACAUGCACCACCUCGUUGCGGUCAACCUACGUUUCGCAGGUCAGAUGAAAGACGAUGCUAUACGCUACAUGGUCGAUAAAUGUGACAGUCUCCGCCAUCUUCAGCUUGGUGCCCCUAAUCUGAUCUCGGAGGAUGCCUGGCUUGAGCUCUUCCGUGAGAGAGGUUCUCAGCUCGAAAGUCUCAAACUCUCGGACCUUCAGGGCUACUUUUCAGAUGUGGCUGCGAUCGAGAUGGCUCAACACUGCGUCAAUUUGAAACGCCUCAAAUUACGUGGUUGCUCUCACUUGACGGAGUCUUCCAUCAAAUCAUUCGCAAACUUACCGAGUCUCGAGCAUCUCACGCUCUCAGUGGCGCAGAUGGACACAACACCCGAUACUCUUAUCGAUCUCAUUACGAAGCUCGGCCCGAGGCUCAAGACUUUGUGUCUCGAAGGGUUUGAUCUUGACGAAGACCAUGGAGCAGAAAGUGAGGACAGCAGCUCUGUGGACACCAGCAAUGCUCACGAUGAAGUCUUACACGCCAUACACACGCAUUGCACUCAGCUCAGCAAACUCCGCUUCACCGGGAAUAGCCACUGCACCGAUCAAGCCUUCGCUACCCUGUUUUCUGCCUGGAAUAACAGACCAUUGAAACUCGCCGAUCUUUCCGAGUGCCGAUGGAUCGACAACAAUGAUCCAGUUGGUCCUGAGGACUAUCCUGUGGGAUUUGCAUCGGAGGGCUUCAAAGCUCUAAUGGCACACUCUGGUACACAGCUUGAGGAACUCAACCUGCACUCUUGCCGGCACAUAUCUCACAAGGCACUCACCGAAGUCUUCGAUGGCGACAAGAAGUAUCCUGAGCUACGGAGCAUUGACAUGUCUUUCGUUAGUCAGGUCGACGAAGAAGUCAUGGCUGGAAUCUGCAAAAGUUGUCCAGCACUAACAAAGCUGGUCGUCUUCGCUUGCUUCAAUGCUCGUGGCGCAGACAUUCCGCCGGGUGUGGCUGUCAUCGGCUUGCCCAACGCUCAGGACAACAUCGUUAUUCAAGGGUUCAUGGAUGAUCUGCUGACGAAGUCGAUGGCCUGA